GGAUUAUCAGUCAGAAAUAUUGUAGCUACCUACAAAAAAAAGUUAUAAACCUAUUUACUUUACUUUCGAUAUUCGUGUAAAUUAUAAACAACAUGUAUAUGUUGAUAUUAUUUGCAGGCAGUGCCUAUACGAGUAGAGUUAUCGGAAAAAUGUGUAAUUCGCGAUGUGUUCGUUCAAAUCACAGUCGCUGUUGUGUCGAACGUAGCAAUAUGUCAUUUGUCUGAAGUUAUGAAUAGGCUCGAGCUAUUUCAAUUUAUAUCCAUAUUUAGCGUAACAAUCAACAUAAGCAUUCAAGAAUGUCCUAAAGAGGUAUCAUUUAACGGAUUAAGCGUUACUUGGCAGAAAAGUCUUCCAGCAAAUAAUGUAGAGUCAGAUCCUAUCUGUUACCACGAUGAGAAGAUCGUCACCCGAAACUGCACAGGCUCGCAGUGGACACCAGCUAUCCACGAAGUCUUGUGUUCUAAAGUCGUUCAAUAUUUUGACUUGUCAUUAUGCCCACCUGGAUUUCAUGUAAUUCCUGAUAACAAUGGUUACUGCUACCAAAUUCAUAAAAAAUCUGCCUGGAAUUUUCCUUGUUUAGAAAGUGGAGGUGCAUCGGUUAUAACUGACUUUAACCACAAGGAAAUAAGCGCAUUGCUGGAUUCGUUGGCUUUGUCAAACACAUCGCGUUUUUUCUGGUUACCUGCGCAGCGGAUGUCAACUUUUCAGCCUCUGACCUGGUAUAUACCCGGAAAUAACUGGGGUCGUCAUGUUGAAAUUCAUGAACAUUUGCCGUUACGGUCCCGUAAUUCGAAGAAUUGUCUGUUACUUGAUAUAUAUAGCAGAGAAUUAGUGACAGAUGAUUGCGGAAAAGAGUAUCCCAUAUUAUGCUUCUACAUAAAUGAUUUACAAUAUCCAGCAAAAUGUCCAGAAGGUUAUCAUGCAUUCAGAUUUAUGUCCGAUGAUGGAAUUUGUUUAGGAAUCGAAAAAGCUGACGUUGAACCUGGUUUGACAUUCACACAAUUUAUGGAUACAAAAUGUAAUAGACCUAUGGGACAUACAAUUGAUGAUAACCUAAAAAGAUUUAUAUUCAAAAAAAUUGCGGAAAUGGACAGUCUUAACAAUAAUACGUGGUGUUGGUAUACCAAUCUUAAUAAUUACAACACAAAUAUAUUACCUAAUUCAUCACAAAUUAUUAUACCAAAUUUAAAUUUAUUUGAGGGAGUAAUUAAUAGCGCAGGUACUUUAACUUUAUUGAGUACUUUAUCUUUGUUAUCGUGUAUGGCAUGUGAAACUGAAAUGAUAUAUGAGCCUACAGAGUUUAGCUUGGAGUAUAACGAGAUGGAAAAGAGACUAUUCUUAACAGUAUAUAAUCCGUCUGGAUUAUGGUUAGAUGAUGAUAAUGAUAAUGGAAUUCAGUGUUUUUCGAAUGCGGAAGGAUUUAUAACAAUCAUUAAAAUUAACGAUUUUCCACAUUUUGAUCUAUUAGUUCAGGAUGCUGAUGAUAAAAUGGAAAAACUUGUGUAUGUCAUAGAUCUCGUCAACGACAUGUCUGCUCAAUAUUGGUGUGAAGGGCACACCAAGAAUUUUUCACUAAUUACAACAGAGAAAAUAAUUGUAAAUCCUCGGGGUAGUCAAGUUCAUGUUUACUCAUUAAUGUUAAGAACAAACUCAACAACAAUUGUCGAUUCUUCAGACAUAAAACAAUUGACAGAAAAUAUAACUAACAUUUUUAAAACUGAGAAUACGCUUAUUAUGGAAAUUACUGAUAACGUUCAAUUUAUUGAUAUAAUUGUACAUCUACAUGUAGCUAUAAACGAUACUUAUGGUGAUGAAGCACUUAAUUUACAAAUGAACUUACUUAUUUUGAAAGAAAAUGCUGAGUUGGAAUUUCCAAACUAUAACUACACAUUAAUUAAUAUAUCAAGUUCUACGUAUUGUCUGCCAACAAAUUCUUCUGAUUACAUAACACUAGAUUGGGAGCUAACUCCAAUCGGCCAUAUUGCCACACCUACUCAAUUUUGUUUACAAAAAAAUGAACUUCCUGUUAAAAGAUUAUGUAAAGGGUCGUAUCUUUCAGGGAGCGUUUGGGGAGAGGUAGAAGGGAAAUGCAAUAAAAACUACAAACCAUCCAUAAUAACUACAUUUCUUUAUGAAUUUGUCAAAGGGGAAACAUGUGAUAACACAACCUCUCGUUUUUUAAUUGAUGGCCUUAAUUUUGUCUUAAGUGAUACUGACAUAAUGAUUCCUGCAGAUAUAUAUUAUUUAUCAAUGUCUUUACAAUAUAUAUGUAAAGUAGCUCAAUAUAAUCAAUCAACAAUAGAUAUGGGUGACAUUGAAAACAUAGCCUGGGUUAUGGACAGAGUACUAGAUGUUGACAGUGGAUCUUUAAAUUUAGCGCAAACUCUUAACUCUAGUAACUUUUUACUUGAAUCUGUUCAAAAUAUAAUUGAACUACUUGCGGCAAAGAUAGUUUUAAAUAAUACCCUACCACCUCAAUCAUCUCAUAAAUUGGCUGUCAAAGAUCAAUUUGUUAUUCAAAUAUCUUAUCCAAUAUAUAACAAUAUAACAGGUUUAGCUAUAUUAAGAACAGGUUUCUCAGACAAAUUUACAGAUAUGGAAAUUUUACCAUUAUACGCAAGUGAUAGAAUAGAAGAUAUUUUAUCAAUGGAUAAUUUAGAAAUUGCUGCAUGGUUGCCCGAUGAUGUAUUAUUGAAUUUAAUAAGAGUUUCGAAUCAUAGUAAAGACGAAGAUAAUAAUUUACAUAUAAUAAUAAAUGUUUACCACAAUGAUGUAGUAUUUCAAGAAUUAAAAAAAACGAACCAUGUAAUCGACAGUCGUAUAAUUGAGAUCUCCGUACCGGGGUACGUAUCGAAUUUAGAAAAUCCAAUACCACUUAUAUUCAGAAGCAUAAAUAAUACAGAUUCUAUUAAGUUUUGUAGUUUUUGGGAUUUUCAGAAUUCGAACAUUGUAGGUAGGAUUCCGGGACAUUGGGCAACGCGAGGUUGUUAUUCUCUAAAAAUGUCUAACAACCUAACUUUAUGCAAAUGUUAUCACUUAACCCAUUUUGGGCAACUCAUUGACCUAAGAAAUAAUUAUUCUGAUGAUAGAACGCCUGCUGAUAUAAAGCAUGCAGAAGUUUUAAAUACGAUUACUUUAGUUGGUAGUUUUUUGUCACUAUCAGGCGUUAUGGGUAUAUGGGUGACAGCAAUAGUAUUUGAUGUUUGGAGAAAAAAGGCAGGUACAAAAGUAUUGUUACAACUUUCGACGGCUAUAGCUUUACCUUUAGUACUGAUGAUUGUGUUUAAUCUUGACAAUACUAUUUUUAUGGAAUACGAUGGAAAACAUAUUGUUGUUUCUCACAUGAGGACAGUUUGUAUCGUUUUGGGCGCUUUGCUACAUUAUUCUUUAUUAGCAAAUUUUAUGUGGAUGUUGAUCACGGCUACUCUUCAAUUUGUUCGCUAUGUGCGCGUUUUGGGGGUUUCCCGACCAUCGCGUUUCAUGGUCAAAUUUACAAUUCUCGGUUGGGGUGUCCCGUUCAUUCCCGUUUUAAUUACUUUAAUAUUAAAUCAUGAAAACUAUGUACCGAAUCCAUCAAUAGACCAUCAGAUAUGUUAUCCGAACGGAACCUAUUUUGUGAUAGGAAUUUUAAUCCCAAUUUGCGUCAUAUUAUUUGUUAAUGUUAUUUUAUUUGUACUGGUCAUAAGAGCGAUAGCGCAAUGUCCCGAUAUGAGGAUACCUGACAAAACUUUGAUUUGGGCUCAGCUUAGAGUGUCCAUAAUCCUUUUCUUUCUUUUAGGUUUAACAUGGAUAUUUGGAAUCUUUUCGUUUUCUAGCAACUUUGUUUGGUCAUAUUUAUUUUGUUUGACUUCUACAGUUCAAGGAUUUGUUUUGUUUGUUUAUUUCGUAAUUUGUGAUCCAUCUACUAGAAAUUUAUGGAUUGCUGUAAUAAAACCGGAAUUUUCUCAGAAUUCUUCAAGAAAAUCUGUGUUAAGCAUUAGUAGUGGGUGACUGUACCUGUAUAUAAUAUUUACAAAAGUUACUUCGUUUUUGGCACAAUUACAUAAAUAUAAUUAACUUAAGUUGAAAUAUUUAAUAUAAGAUUGAAAUUUACGUAAUGGUAUACUAAUUUUAAAAAAUACCUAAUAAAUAUUUGGGAAAAGUACACGCUGUUCUAGUUAUUUAAGUAUCUAUGAGUUGUCCGAGUUAUCAGGAUAAUGUCACCCAUAUGAACAGCAGUCACUUUAAUUGCUGCUGUUUAAUAGAUUAUAGUUACAUCAUAUUAUUAUAUUAUCGCAUUUACUUAAUUUUACCUAGUAAUAAACUUGUGGUUUAUAAACUACACUAAUUAAUUACAAUAAAAUAUUGUGACUUCUCAAAUUGUUCGCCAACGCGCUUGUAAGAUUAUCGCAUAAAUUUAUGAAAUGUCAAUUUAUGAAAGGUUAUUUAUUAAUUCAAAUAAUAUAAUAUUAUUAAUAAGUAAAAUAAUUAUAACCGUUUAAUUGAAAUAAUAAUUAAAUAUGAAAACAUUUAAAAUUUUAUUUAUUUUUUUCCCUUUUCGACAAUAUUUAAUUUUUAUUUAUUCAUCAUCGGAAUGAAGCUACUAGAACUAGUCAAGGAACAACUCAAAUGGGUAUAUUUCAGUAUAGAAUCCAUCUUUUUUAUCCUAAAAGGCCUGUAUUCACGUUGAUUUUGUCACUUUAAACAUACUAAUAAACCUGUAGAGCUAUGUGAUACAAUAUGGUAAUAAAUCUUACUUACCCCUGAAUUCUGUAGUAUGUAUGAAAUAAAAGUUGUAUUGUCGACAAUUUCUGUGGAAAUAUUCAAAAUGUGCAAACUGAACCACUUUAUUGAUUGUACUAAUGGUUGUAGAAUGUUAUACUCUACGAUAGUUUACAAAACAAAGUUAGCUGAAAUUAUUCGGAAUGAAAUUCAAGUCAAUAAAUAUUUAGUUUGAUUGAGUCUAAAUGUUGUUAUGAAGACAACAUUCUUGAACAAACAAACUUAGAUUACGUGUAUAUAAGAACGUGGAAAUUCAUCUUUACUUUUUUCACCAAACAUUGCUAACUUGACAGCAAUCUGCAAUACUGAUAAAAUUUAUUAUUCACAAAUUUAUAUACUCUAAAUAUAAUACAUGAGAAAAUUAUAAAUGAAGUACUAAUAGUAAAAAGGAGCUGCUUUAUUCUAAAGAAAUCUGCCAACAGACUGAAAGAAAACAGAGGAAAAAAAGGAUACUGACCGUG